AUGAUGCCGAGCUUCCAAAAAAAAAAAAGAGGCAUGUCAAAAACUAUCGAGCUAGGAAAGUUGAUACGGGCAAUCAAAGGAAAGCUCGUGGAUUUGGAUUUCGACAGGGAGAUCACAUAUUCCCCUGUCGGGAAUCCUGGUAAUUGGUUUACACAUGAAAUUGGGAGGUAUUUGUGGAACAACGUCCCUUUCAACGCAUCUGGUUGGGACAAUGUUUCCCCCGCAUUAAGGAACGCAACAGUUGUGCAUCUAAAGAAUAAAUUUGAUUUGAAUAAGGAUAUCAGUCGAAUCGAAGCUUUUCGUAAGGCUAAUUCCAAUCACCAAGGGGUAUUUUGUAGUCCUGCAGUUGAGCAACAAUACAAUGCUUUGCUCCAGGAAAUCAACCAACAAACCCAAGCUUCUUCGGAAGCAAGUGGUCUAACACCCACUGAUAUAAAAAUCUAUUUUGAAAGAAUAGUGGGUUUUCGACGUGGAUAUAUCAAAUGCAUUGGGCGUAAAUCUCCUACCGUUGUGUCUAUGUACGAUCAGGAACAACCAGUGACACAAGAACCACCACAAACACAGUCGGGUGCUUGUAGUGAGACAAGUUCAACUGUUUCAGUUUUCUUUUUGUUUUUCUUAUUGCUUUCUCCUGUUUUCUCGACAAUAAAUUUUAAACAUGCAAACAAAACCUUCGAGUCAAAGAAGAUGAAGUCGAUUAAAGCUACUCUUGGCAAAAACAACAAACGUUUUGUGAAAUCAAUUAAGAGCCCAGAUGGUGAUGUAAUAGAUUGUGUUUUGUUUCAUCUUCAACCAGCUUUUGAUAAAUAUCCUAUGCUGAAAACAACCAUGCCGAUGGAUCCACCGAAGAUACCAAAUGGGAAUAAGAAAGGGGGAAUGGAAACAGAAGUUAAGCAGUUAUGGAAUUCAAAAGGUGAAUCAUGCCCACAAGGAACAAUUCCAAUAAGAAGGCAAACAGAAAGUGAGAUUUUGAGAUCCAAUUCUAUUUCCAAAUUUGGGAAAAAACUUCUCAAGAGAAAUUCUAUUUACGUUGGCCAUGAGAUCAAUCUUACAAAGAUGCAUGCAAUUGGGUAUGUAAGAGGAGGAGAAUAUUAUGGAGCAAAAGCAACUUUAAAUGUAUGGGCUCCGAAUGUUACUAAUUUUGAUGAAUUUAGCGUUUCGCAAAUUUGGGUUAGUUCUGAAGUUCCAAAUCAUUUUGCUCAGACGGUUGAAGCUGGUUGGCAGGUAUCUCCAACAAUCCACGGAGAUGGUUUGCCAAGAUUUUUCACUUACUGGACUAACGAUGGAUAUCAAUCUGGAUGCUAUGAUUUGCUUUGUGCGGGAUUCAUCCAAACAACUCAUGAGUUUUGCCUUGGUGCUAGUAUUGCUCCAAUUUCAACGUACAAUAGUAACCAGUUUGAUAUCACGAUAUUAAUCUGGAAGGAUCCGGGACAUGGAAAUUGGUGUUUGAUGGUGGGAAACAUUCAAGUUGGAUAUUGGCCUAAAGAAUUGUUCACAGACCUUCAUGAUCAUGCAGCUAAGAUUGAAUUCGGGGGAGAGGUGUACAAUACUAGUCCUGAAGGUCCACAUACAACAACUCAAAUGGGUAGUGGUCAUUUCUCGAGUGAAGGGUUUGGGAAAGCAGCAUAUGUUAAUAACAUCCAAAUGGUUGAUCAAAACAAUGUGUUACAUCCAGUUUCAGAUUUGCAAUUAGGUGCAGAAAACAUGAAUUGUUAUGAUGUUAGUAAUGGGUACAGUAGCACUUGGGGUAAUUAUAUAUUUUUCGGAGGCCCUGGAAGUAAUCCAAAUUGUCCCUGAAAAUAUGAAUUUUGUUUGUUUCUUAUUAAUAUCCAAUAUACAUCUUUUUUUAUUUUUAGUGGU